CUCUGUAUCUCAACAUGAACAGGUCAAAAACGUUUGGGAAAAUCAGGAAAAGGAUUGAAGAGGCCAAAAAUAGAUGGGCCAGAUUGGGCAAGGCAGACUAUAGCUACAAUGAGAGUGCCCGCUUGGCCACGGACUCUCUCCUGGACGGCGGAACGGAAUCCUACCAAAAAGUUCUGGCGGAGGAAGGUGAGGUAGACUUUUUCUCAAAGACGGAGGUCCAGUUUAUUGUGGACAAUGUUAAAGAGCCGUUCUAUACCAAUGAAAGUUACAACGAGGGUGAAAAUGGGUCUGUGCAGAAUGGGAACCAUGAGCAUAAAUCGGAAAGCUUCUACCCCAUUAAUUCUGACGCUAGUGAUCCCACAACGCCGCUGCACAAUUGGAGUGCAGAGGACAAGCCGUAUCUAAAGGACAAGUCCAGCGCCACUGUCUACUUCCAGUCUGACAAGGCCAACAUCAGGGAGACCAUUCGGAGGAGUAUACACCGAACAAGCCAGGUUCUGGCUAUAAUGAUGGACGAGUUCACAGAUGUGGAAAUAUUCUGCGACAUUCUGGAGGCGGCCAAUAAAAGGAACGUGUUUGUCUACCUUCUCCUGGAUGUCACCAAACUGCAAAGCUUCAAAGAAAUGUGUGAGAAGUUGCAAGUUGAAGAGAUGCAUCUCAAGAAUAUAUCCGUCAGGAGCGUGACUGGUGAUGUCUACUGUGCAAAAUCAGGCAAGAAAUUCUUUGGUCAGAUCCAUGAAAAGUUCAUCAUAUCGGACUGGAGAUGUGUCUUGUCCGGGACAUACAGCUUCACAUGGCUUUCCGGGCAAGUCCACAGAAACUUUUUGUGCAAGUUCUCCGGACAUGUGGUUGAGUUGUUUGAUGAGGAGUUUAGACAUAUCUAUGCCACAUCCAAGCCUGUGAUGGGCUUGAAGUCCCCAGCUCCAAUGGCGCCGGUCCUGAAACAAGAAAGCGAGAAAGGGGCAAUGUCGGAGAGCAGCACCCAGGAGAGUAAAAACACGACCUCAGAACCACUUAGCGGGUCCUCGGCCACCAGUGUCUCCCAUACAUCACAAGCCCCAGCAUCUCCUACAUACAGCACUCCGGUUCAAUCUCCGGUCCAAUCUCCUGUACAAUCCCCCCUUCAGAGAAUUAAUUCCUUCCAUGGCUACCCUUCUCUUCGAAGCCCCACAACACCGACAAACUACCAAUCAAAUUACUUCCAGAGGAACUACCAACCUGAGUCUCCGACCCACCUGUUCAACAAUAACAACAACAUCUACCGCUCAUUCAGGACCCGCAGAGAAGACUUUCUGAGUUCCAGGUUUACCCAAGGGUGGAGAUUGUUUUCUAAACCAACAAUGACCUAAAGCAUGCAGUAACUUUGAUAUGCACUGGUA